AGCUUCCUGGUCGGUUGCCUCUCCCUGAUGACGCACUUCGCUCCGCGACGCCGGCUGGGCCCAGAGAGCAGGAACAUGGCCCCGGCGAAGGCUGCUCUGGGUGUGCGGGCCGGAGGGCCUCAGGCGCAGGGUGCGCCGGACGGACGCCUCGGAUUCAAGAAGAAUCGGCAGCAACAGCAGCGGACAUGGCGGGCGAACUCACGGAAUGUUUUCUCCGGCAGCGUCCGCGAGGGACAAGGAUUUGCAUUUCAGAGAAAGCAAAAGAUUCAGCAACAGUACAAGAAAUUGCUAAGGAAAGAAAAAAAGGCACAAAUUUCAAAAGAUUCUCAGUUUACAGAAAGAUAUCCAGAGCAUUUAAAACAUCUGUAUUUAGCUGAAGAAGAAAUGCUCAGGAGACAACAUAAAAAAGAAGAACAACAUUUGCCAGAAGAAGAAUGUAGCACAGCAGUGAACCCUAUUAUCCCUCCAAAAAGAAAUAAGAAAAAAACAUCAAACCAAAAGGCAAAAGAAGAAUAUGAAAUGGUACAAGCCAAGCGUGCUGCUAAGAAACAGGAGUUUUUGAAAAGAAAGCAAGAAAGAGAAGAAGCACAAGAACGCUAUAAAAAGAAGAAAAUGGAAGCAUAUAAAAUAUUGAGCAAAAGGACUAAAAAAGGCCAACCAAACCUGAACUUACAAAUGGAGUAUCUUCUAAAGAAAAUACAAGAGAAAACAUAAAGCACAUAUAUUGUCUUUUGAAUGCAUAUUAAAAUAUAUUCUUAUAUUGUCUGUGGAUUCAUUUGAAUCAGCUAAUAUACUUCUUUGCUAUUCUCAAUUCUUUGCUCAUUGUUUAACGAUAGACCAAGUCAGACACAUUGGAGAUGUUUUUAUUUUUGUAGAGAACAUUUUUCAAAUGCUAUAAAUAAAUGUUUUUGUUGUUUAAUGGUUACUUCUUAAAGAAGGCUGAUCUGCUGAAUUAAAACAUUGUGUUGA